GAGCACCCCGGGACUGUAGCGGUGUCUUAUCGGCGAGGCCGCGGGGGUGAUGAGAGCCAGUUCAAGUUCCCCAGCUCCACGCAGGGAUGAGGGAGCGCAAGGGCGGGGCUGCCACGGUGCCCGCUCGGAACGCCCGUCGCCCAGUUGCGGGGUAGGUUCCGAGCGCUCUGCGCGUUUUCGGACACUUUGGCUGGCUCGGCCCCCAGCCCAGCCACCAGGACAGAGCGGACAUUGGGCUCGGAGCCGCGUGCGCUGCAGCCACACGGGGCAGCGGAGCGGGCGCUCUCCUUCCCUACCCGGAUCUGCAAAAGUGAAGUGGAAAACAGCCGCCGAGUGCAGCCUCCUCCCUCUUCCCAGGCGCCGCAGCCCUGGCUGGGGGUUGAGGGGGAGUUCCCCCGGGCUAGCUGGAGGGGAAGCGGGCAGCCCGGCGGCUACAGCCGCACCUCCUCCGCCUUCCUCUCCACCCCCAUCCCCUGGGCUCCACGCCGCAUUUCUUUGUUUUGAAAGCGCCUCCUCCGCCCAAAGGCUUUUCCCCCCGGCGGGCAGGCUUUGACGGAGGGUGGGGCCUCGGCCCGCGGGCCCCGCCCCCCACUUAGCAGGACCUCUGCCCAGGCUCACCCCCCAUUUCCCGUCUUCUCCCCGCUGUGACCCACGAGGCGCGUCCUCACUUGCCGGACAUCAAAAGAAGGCAGGGAAUUGGAAAGGGAAGUGGAGUAGCAGGGGGCGCAGAGACCCACCCACCUUGGGCCAGGUCCGGAGGCCCGUCCCCUCCCGCGGGAAUCCCACCUGAGCCCCGCCCCCCGCCUCGCAGCGGCCGAACAACCUCACAGCCGGCGAGCGCCCAGCCCCGCCGCCCCCGCUACCCCCGUGUCGGCCGAGUGCUCUAUUUAUGUUUGAGCCCAGCGAUUUGCAUAGCCCAGCCCCCGGCCCUAGGUCCCCCUAUCGGCGCUCCGCCUCAGCCCUGACGUCACUGUGGAGGCCCAACCUCUUGGGCCCAUACAAGGAGCGGCGGGCCCUAGAUGGCAGCGUGGCGUCGCGGCGGCGUGUGCGUGUCGCGCUUCCUUGUGCCGUUUAUAGGGUCCCGGCACUUCCGCUGUCGGGUUAGAAGCGACGCGGUCAUGGCGGAGCGCGGACAGCAGCCUCCUCCCGCAAAACGGCUGUGCUGCCGGCCGGGCGGCGGCGGCGGAGGCAGCAGCGGCGGCGGCGGAGCGGGUGGCGGCUACAGCUCUGCCUGUCGGCCCGGCCCGCGGGCGGGCGGCGCGGUGGCGGCGGCGUGCGGGGGCGGCGCGGCGCUGGGGUUGCUGCCGCCGGGCAAGACCCAGAGCCCCGAGUCGCUGCUGGACAUCGCGGCGCGCAAGGUGGCGGAGAAGUGGCCGUUCCAGCGCGUGGAAGAGCGCUUUGAGCGCAUCCCGGAGCCGGUGCAGCGCCGCAUCGUCUACUGGUCCUUUCCCCGCAGCGAGCGGGAGAUCUGCAUGUACUCGUCCUUCAACACCGGCAGCGGCGCCGCGGGCGGCCCCGGCGACGACAGCGGCGGCCCCGCCGGCGCGGGCGGCGGCGCGGGCGGCGCGGGCAGCGGCAGCUCGUCGUCUUCUCCCGCGGCCACCUCAACGGCCGCCGCCGGAGCCGGAGCCGGGGCUCCGUCGGUGGGGGCGGCCGGGACGGCGGACGGCGGCGACGAGACCCGGCUGCCCUUCCGCCGGGGCAUCGCGCUGUUGGAGAGUGGCUGCGUCGACAACGUCCUGCAAGUCGGUUUCCACUUGAGUGGCACAGUAACAGAACCUGCAAUACAAUCGGAGCCAGAAACUGUUUGCAACGUGGCCAUCAGCUUUGAUCGUUGCAAGAUUACCUCAGUGACCUGCAGCUGUGGAAACAAGGACAUAUUUUAUUGUGCCCAUGUUGUGGCACUGUCUUUAUAUCGCAUUCGCAAGCCAGAUCAGGUCAAAUUACAUCUUCCCAUUUCAGAAACUCUCUUUCAAAUGAAUAGAGACCAACUACAAAAGUUUGUACAGUAUUUGAUCACAGUGCACCACACAGAAGUUUUGCCAACUGCUCAGAAAUUAGCAGAUGAAAUUCUAUCCCAGAAUUCAGAAAUUAACCAAGUUCAUGGUGCUCCUGAUCCAACAGCAGGUGCUAGUAUAGAUGAUGAAAACUGCUGGCACUUAGAUGAAGAGCAGGUUCAAGAACAGGUUAAACUGUUCCUUUCCCAGGGCGGGUACCACGGAUCAGGGAAGCAGCUUAAUUUGCUCUUUGCAAAGGUUCGGGAGAUGCUGAAGAUGAGGGACUCUAAUGGGGCCCGCAUGUUGACCUUGAUAACAGAGCAAUUCAUGGCUGAUCCUCGUCUGUCACUUUGGAGGCAACAAGGCACUGCGAUGACUGACAAAUACAGGCAGCUCUGGGAUGAACUGGGUGCUCUGUGGAUGUGUAUAGUUUUAAAUCCCCACUGCAAGUUGGAACAGAAGGCUAGUUGGCUAAAACAGCUGAAAAAGUGGAACAGUGUUGAUGUCUGUCCAUGGGAAGAUGGAAAUCAUGGCAGUGAAUUACCCAACUUAACCAACGCUCUGCCUCAGGGUGCAAAUGUCAACCAAGAUUCAUCGAACAGGCCACAUCGGACAGUGUUCACCCGAGCCAUCGAGGCAUGCGAUCUCCACUGGCAGGAUAGCCACUUGCAGCACAUUAUCAGCAGUGACCUAUACACCAACUACUGUUACCAUGACGACACUGAAAACUCCCUCUUUGACUCCCGUGGGUGGCCCCUCUGGCAUGAGCUACCCCAUAAAAGCAUAACCUUGAUAACCAAUCUGGAGGGCUGGGUUGGACACCCUCUGGACCCUGUGGGCACUCUUUUCAGCAGCCUUAUGGAAGCCUGCCACAUGGACGAUGAAAGCUUCCCUGGAUUCUCCAGUUUCACAGAGAAUAUGGGACAGUGCAAAUCUCUGGAAUACCAGCAUCUACCUGCACACAAAUUCUUAGAAGAAGGGGAAUCCUAUUUAACACUAGCUGUGGAGGUAGCCCUGAUAGGGCUGGGACAGCAGCGUAUCAUGCCUGAUGGGCUGUACACACAAGAGAAGGUUUGCCGGAAUGAGGAGCAGCUCAUUUCUAAACUUCAGGAAAUUGAAUUGGAUGACACACUGGUGAAAAUUUUUCGAAAGCAAGCAGUCUUCCUAUUAGAAGCCGGACCAUAUAGUGGUUUAGGCGAAAUAAUCCAUCGGGAGAGCGUUCCAAUGCACACAUUUGCCAAGUAUCUCUUCACCUCUCUCCUACCUCAUGAUGCUGAAUUGGCAUACAAAAUUGCACUGAGAGCAAUGCGGUUACUAGUAUUGGAAUCUGCUGCUCCAGCAGGAGACCUCACCCGCCCACACCACAUUGCGUCAGUUGUUCCCAACCGAUACCCUCGUUGGUUCACUUUAAGCCACAUAGAAUCCCAGCAGUGUGAGCUGGCGUCCACCAUGCUAACUGCAGCCAAAGGCGAUGUUCGGAGGCUGGAAACAGUAUUAGAAUCCAUCCAGAAAAACAUUCACUCCUCAUCCCACAUCUUCAAGCUUGCCCAGGAUGCAUUUAAAAUAGCAACUCUCAUGGACACUUUGCCAGACAUCACUCUUUUGAAAGUGUCUCUGGAGCUGGGCCUGCAGGUUAUGCGAAUGACACUGUCAACCUUAAAUUGGCGACGGCGGGAGAUGGUCAGAUGGCUGGUAACAUGUGCUACUGAAGUGGGUGUUUAUGCCCUAGACAGCAUCAUGCAGAGCUGGUUUACGCUUUUUACUCCCACCGAGGCCACAAGUAUAGUUGCAACCACGGUGAUGUCCAACAGCACCAUUGUCCGCCUCCACCUGGACUGCCAUCAGCAGGAAAAGCUGGCCAGCAGUGCUCGGACACUCGCAUUGCAGUGUGCCAUGAAGGACCCUCAGAACUGCGCCCUCUCCGCACUCACCCUAUGUGAAAAGGAUCACAUAGCCUUUGAGACGGCGUACCAAAUUGUUCUCGACGCUGCUACCACCGGCAUGAGCUACACCCAGCUCUUCACGAUAGCACGGUACAUGGAGCACCGCGGGUACCCCAUGAGGGCCUACAAGCUGGCCACCCUGGCCAUGACCCAUCUCAACCUGAGCUACAAUCAGGACACGCACCCUGCCAUUAAUGACGUUUUGUGGGCCUGUGCGCUCAGCCACUCCCUCGGUAAAAACGAGCUUGCAGCUAUAAUACCUCUGGUGGUCAAGAGUGUCAAGUGUGCAACGGUACUGUCAGACAUUUUGCGCAGGUGCACUCUGACCACCCCUGGCAUGGUGGGACUUCAUGGAAGGAGGAACUCUGGUAAGCUCAUGUCCCUGGACAAAGCCCCCUUGAGGCAGCUCCUGGACGCCACGAUCGGGGCUUACAUCAACACAACGCACUCGCGACUCACCCACAUCAGUCCUCGGCACUAUAGCGAGUUCAUAGAGUUCCUCAGCAAGGCCCGAGAGACCUUCCUAAUGGCGCAUGACGGACACAUUCAGUUUACGCAGUUUAUUGACAACCUGAAACAAAUCUACAAAGGCAAAAAGAAACUGAUGAUGUUGGUUCGGGAGAGGUUUGGUUGAUAGAACUUGUAUGAAUGGGGUGGGGGUGGGGGUGGGAGGGAUGGUUUGUUUUUACUUGAGCCUGCCUUUGUAUCCUUUUUAACUUAAAGAACAGAGCCACACCGGUAUUAUAUGUGUAUAGUUCUAUUGCGUUUGCAGACUAAAUUGUCAUGUUGUGAAAGUUCGUGUGUUCUUAAUUUUUUUCUACCCUUUCUCUUAUCUUCUUUCCUUUUACUUUAUUAUAUUUUUUAAUUCUUUUUUUUUUUUUUUUUUUUUGUAUGAGAGAGACGUUAAAAAGGUUUGGUUUACACUGAGUAUAUGUUGUCAAGUGGCAAAAGUCCACAUAGCUCUCCUGUUUUCUGUAUACGUUCACAGCCUCAAAAAAAAAUAAUUGAAAUGGCUUUAAAAACCAAACAGAACACCUCCAUCCUGUGAUAAGUACCUCGAAUGGAUUCAGCUUUACUCCUUUGUAACUCAUCUUUACAUUUUCAGCAUAUUUAAA